AUGUCUGGUGAAACUUCUGCCGCUUGGCCCAUUGCCGACGAGGCCCUCACCCAGAACCUCCUGGAUCUGGUGCAGCAGGCUUCUCACUACCGUCAGCUGAAGAAGGGUGCGAAUGAGGCUACCAAGACUCUCAAUCGUGGUACCGCCGAAAUUGUCAUCCUCGCUGCCGACACCUCCCCUCUGGCUAUCCUGCUUCACAUUCCUCUUCUUUGCGAAGAUAAGAACGUUCCUUACGUGUACGUUCCUAGCAAGCUCGCUCUGGGCCGUGCGACUGGUGUCUCUCGUCCCGUGAUUGCCGCCAGCAUCACCACCAACGAAGCCAGUGACCUGAUGGGACAGAUCAGAACCAUCAAGGACAAGGUCGAGAGACUGAUGAUCUAA